AUGUCUGCUACUUCUUUUCGACACCUUCAACUAAAUCAUCAUGCCCAACCUAUUCGCUUUGUGUCUCGUCAUUACUUCUUUAACUGCGGCGGGACUCUGGUCUCCUUCCCCGGCGUCCCGGCAAGAUCACGAGCAGGAUGUUAUUGUUAAAGAAGGUCACCGAGUGGUUGUGGUCGAGUAUGGCGACCAAGGUCAACACAAUACUAAGGUUUCCAUCUCUUCCGAACCCACCAAAGAUGCCUCCCCUAGCAACCCACUACAUGAUAGUUUAAAUAUUGGGAUCCCCAACGAAGACUCCGAAAGGCACCGCACCAGAGAUCUUAUUUGCGAUGCCUUGGGCAAAUGUAAGCAUAAGAUAGCCAGUGCUGUGGGGAAGGCUAAAGUAAUGGUUUCGGAGACGGCGCAGGAGGCCCACGACGUUGGAGAGGCUGUUGCUGGUGCUUUCGAUGAAGCCAAAGAGACAGUUUCAGACAAAUCUCACCACGUGGGAACGUCGUUCUCAGAGAAAGGGCAUCGAUUGAGGGAGUCGGUUGAGAAAGCCAGAGAGGAUGCCGACGAGUUCCUGGAGAAAACGAAAGAGACGGUUUUGGAGAAAGCACGUGACUUGAAAGAGGGUGCAAAGGAUGUAUUGAAGGAAGGCAAAGCACGUGACUUGAAAGAGGGUGCAAAGGAUGUAUUGAAGGAAGGCAAAGCACGUGACUUGAAAGAGGGUGCAAUGGAGAAAGGGAGAGAAGCAAGACAAACUGCGGAGAAGAUUAAAACUGGUGGAAACAAGGUCAAGGAGAAUCUGAUGGGUAUUCCUGAUGGAGGAUUAAAGCUAGUAAAUGAUUCCUUUAGGUACUUGAGGUCGUUAGAGUCGUGGAAAGCGGCGAUGGAUGUGUUGAGUCUGUUGGGAUUUGGUAUGGCUUUGGGAAUGGGCGUGUGGACUACCUUCAUCUCUAGCUAUGUGCUGGCGAGUGCGUUGCCAAGGCAGCAGUUGGCAGUGGUACAGAGCAAGAUAUAUCCCCUGUAUUUUAGGGCCAUGGCUUCCAGCAUUGGGAUGGCCCUAUUCGGGCAUCUAUUCAGCCGCACAAAAUGGAUGUUCCCAAUUCCGAAAAAUGCUGAAGUGGUCCAAGGAUAUGUACUUGUGGCUGCACUUUUGAUGAUUUUUGCCAAUUCUCUCUACAUGGAGCCCCAAGCCACCAAGGUAAUGUUUGAGAGAUUAAAAGUGGAGAAGGAAGAAGGAAAAGGAAUUGAAGACAUAGCCGCUGAACCUCGGGACGCCAAUGAUAAUCCCCCAGCAGUCACAACCAGCACAGCCACACAAGUCGUAGAACGAGAGGCCGUGAAGUCCAGAAUCGUGGGGUUGAAUAAGAGGCUGAAGAAGCUGAAUUCGUAUUCAUCCUUGUUAAACCUGCUCACUCUGAUGGCUCUCACCUGGCAUCUUGUGUACCUGAGCCAGCGUCUGUGCAUCCCCUGCUAAUAUAACAAUAUUUUUCUUUUCCUGGUUUUGUUUUUGAUGUGUGCAUAUUUUACCUGAAGUAGACCGUGUUUAGGCGGUUGGUACCAAAGUUGGUUAGUUUCAACUUAUUGUCGGUGCUAAGUGGUUAUAUAAUGUAUUUUAGAUUGUUUAUUUCCUGUCUAAUGAACUAUUUUAGAUUGUUUA